AUGCAUGUUAUGAAUUGUGUCUCCUUGGCCAGCGAAAAAGAAAAUGGGGAUCUCUCAGCUGCAGCUGGAUUAAUGAUUGGGCAAACAGCACCCCCACCACCACCUCCACCACCCCCACCACCACCCCCUCCUCCAUUGCCAUGUCCAGACAAUGGGUGUCCUCCUGUUCCUCCCCCACCACCCUUACCAGGGGGUCCUCCUAUACCACCACCCCCUCCAGGACUACCUCCUUCUUAUGUGAAUGGACACGGCCCCCUCAGUAAGAAAAAGAAAAUGAGGAGUUUUUUUUGGAAAACAAUUCCAGAAGAGCAAGUUCGGGGUAAGACCAAUAUCUGGACAAUUGCUGCGAGGCAGCCACAGAAGUACCAGAUUGAUGCAAAGACUAUUGAGGAGCUCUUUGGGCAGCAAGAAGAGACCAAGUCACCGAUUCCUAGGAGAGGCGGAGCUUUAAAUUCUUCCUUCAGAGACACUAAAGAAGAGAUUUCAGUCUUGGAUGCCAAACGGUGCAUGAACAUUGGAAUAUUUCUCAAGCAGUUCAAAAAGUCUCCCCAGUCCAUAGUAGAAGAUAUCCUCCAAGGAAAUGGUGAACAUUAUGGAUCAGAAACAUUGCGAGAAUUUCUUAAGCUUUUGCCGGAGUCAGAAGAGGUAAAGAAAUUAAAAACAUUUAGUGGAGAUGCAGCCAAGCUGUCUCUGCCAGAUUCCUUUAUAUACUUCCUAAUUCAGGUGCCAAACUAUUCACUUCGAAUUGAAGCCAUGGUGCUAAAGAAGGAAUUUUUACCUUCGUGUUCUUCUCUCUGGGAUGACAUGUCCGUUUUAAGAGUGGCUACAAAGGAGCUGAUGUCCUGUGAGGAGUUACAUUCUAUAUUGCACUUAGUCCUCCAGGCUGGAAAUAUUAUGAAUGCGGGAGGUUAUGCUGGCAACGCAGUGGGUUUCAAGUUGUCUUCGUUGCUCAAAUUAGCAGACACAAAAGCAAACAAACCAGGGAUGAAUCUGCUCCACUUUGUGGCUCUGGAAGCCCAAAAGAAAGAUGUUGUUCUUCUGAACUUUUCUGAAAAAUUACGUCAUGUUCAGGAUACUGCCAGAUUAUCUCUUGAUAACACAGAGUCAGAGCUUCACUCACUGUCUGCACGGACAAGAUCUCUACAGGAAAAUAUCCAGCGGGAUCCUGAGCUUUGUCAACAAAUGAAAGCCUUUAUUAAGUUUGCUCUGCAGAAGUUGGAGGAACUAGAGAGUUGGAGAGAAGAGCUCCAGAAGGAGGCCCAUGCCCUCAUAGAUUUUUUCUGUGAAGACAAAGAAACCAUGAAGUUGGAUGAAUGCCUUCAGAUCUUUAGAGAGUUUUGUACCAAAUUUGAUAAAGCUGUUAAGGACAACAGGGACCGAGAAAUGCAGGAACUCCGCCAGCUACAGAAAUUGAAGGGACUGGAAGAGAAGAGGCGUUCCUGGGCUGCGGGGGAGAUCGGGGGCUUUGGGAGGAGCAGCAGUGAGAAUGAUGUGGAGCUGUUGACAAAGAAGAGCCUGGAAGAUGUCCUCCCCUUCCUGCAUCAGAGGCCCAUCAGCCCUUCCCACCGACCCCCUAACUCCCGUCGCUCCCGGCUUUCCUUGGGCACCUCCGCAGAUCGAGAGCUGCUCACUUUCCUGGAGACCUCCACAGGGGAGGACCUGAACAAAUUCAACAGCCUUCCUAGGACUGGCACGAGGCAGUCCAGGCCUUCAAUGGCCUGGAUGGAACCCACAGGGCCAAAGGAUGUGAACUCCAACCACUUACACUUCCAUCAGGCCCCAGAGGCUGAGAAGGACAGCAAUAAUCCACCCCUGAUUCAGCCUGGCCAGCUUCCCAAUCCGUGUCUGGAGAAUUCUAAUGCCAUCCUUUACCGUACACAGAACCAUACCAAUAAUAACAAUAUACAAAGCAACAGUGGGCCUGGUGUGCCUCCAUUGUCCACCCUGACCAUGGGGAUUGAAGAACGAGAGCUGGUUCAUGGCUUGAUCCAGUUUGACCUCCAGGAGCCGAUGAAACAAGAGGAGUCCCCAAGGUUUAUCUCGGAAGACUCUAGCCCAGUGGAAUCGGAAUCAUUGGAUGAUGCGAGCUUGCCGUCCCUUACUGCUGCUGAUGACAUCCUGGUGCCCACUGGCCAAGACUCUAAAGAAAUGACAGAAAGGGAAACUGGCAGCUCGGCCCCGAAGGACGUGGCAGCUGAUGUCAUAGUGCCUAGCAGUACAGUCUCUGCAGCCACGGACACAAGUGAGUCUGAAAAUAAGGAGGCCGGAGUUAUUUUCUACAUCUCAGACACCACUGACUGUUCCUUGACUUUGGAUUGCUCAGAAGGAAAUGACCCCAAAAUGGGAAGCAGUGAAUCAAAAGAGGGGAAAACAGUGAAUGGCUCCGUGUCUUCUGGUACUGGUGAUAUGGAGGGAGAGACCAGGAGUAGCAGAGUUCCCUCUAUCUCAAAUUUCAGUCCCACCGGGGAAGACUGUGCUUUUGCUGUUGGGAAGAAUGAGCCUGGUUACAAAUGUGGCCUGCCCAAGGACAAAGUAGUCAAAGGGAAAGAGGCAACAGGACCAAAGAGAAACUCUCUGAAAGACACACCUACAAGUGCCUCCAAACCUGGGAAUGUGCGGCGUAGCCUGGGGCCUUCUUCCAAGCCAGUGCGGACCCUGAAUGCCUCCGAAAAUGAGAGUAUGCGCAAGGUGGUUCCCAUCUCCAAAUCCAGCCGAAGUUCGGGAAGCUGGAAACGGCCUGAAGUAACAGCCCGGGCGACCCCUCGGGAGGCCACCAGCAGUACAGAUACUCGACUACCCCGCCGAAGCUCCGUCAGAGCAGCAGCUGUAGCAGCAGAAGAGCAGAGACUGCAGAGAGGAAAUGUUACAUCCAGCAGCAUCCGUUUGGGGAAGGACUCCCCCUUGCAACACAAGACCUCCCUCAAGAAACCCAGUGCCAAACCGAUCAGGAAUCUCCCCAAGUCAAAGACAGAUGAAACUAAGAUCUGCCGUACCAACCCUCAGGAAUCAGAGGAUGCUGAGGAAGUGCCCAAGCCCCCCCCACCUGUCAGUAUCCCUCGGCCCCCACCCCCCAUUCCAAGCUUUGCCCGGAACACGGUUGCCUCCUCUUCUAGGCGUUUGAAAACUGAUUCACCUCCUGUUUCUAAGGUACCUGGUAUUACCCGGGCAGCCUCUCAGAGGCAGCUGAGGAUAAAGACAACCUCUGAAGACACUCAAACCAAGAAUGGGGGUAUCUUGAGGCGAACCAGCAGUGCCAGGACUGCCCCAAAGUGCCCAGAAUCCAGUGGGAGCACCAGCGGUAAAGAGGAAGCCUCUUUGAAAGGGAGAGGCACAGUAGAGAAAUCUUCUCUUAAACGAAAGGAUUUGAAUAGGACCACACUGGGGAAAAUUCUGAAUCCGUUAUGGAAAUGAGGAGGGUAUGUUCUCCUCUUGACACCAUCACUCUGGGUUUGGGGGAUGUAUGAACAGAUUUUGGCAGUGGGAUGUCAAC